AUAUAACAGGACUCCCAUUUAUGAUUAACGUAACUUUGCCGGAUGAAAAGUCGAAUUACGUACAUCGAAUUGGUCGUGUAGGACGUGCAGAGCGAAUGGGUCUUGCCAUUAGUUUAGUAGCGUCUGUACCAGAGAAGGUAUGGUAUCACGGUGACUGGUGCCAAACACGAGGAAGGAAUUGUCAUAAUACAAAUUUAACAGAUGUUCGCGGUUGUUGCAUUUGGUAUAACGAAAGAAAUUUAUUAGCUGAAGUGGAAGAACAUUUAAAUAUAACUAUACAACAGGUUGAUAAGAAAAUGGUAAUUCCAGUUAAUGAUUUCGACGGCAAGGUUGUUUACGGCCAGAAGAAUCUCAGUACAGGUACUGGCUAUAAGGAUCAUGUUCAACAGUUAAUCCCAGUUGUGCGAAAGCUAAAUGAUUUGGAAUUACAAUCACAAUCUUUAUUUUUAAAACGUUUAAAAGUAUAGAUCGCUUUAUUAAAUUAAAUUA